AACAAACAUAAAAUUCACUGAAAUAAAAUGUUUGAUGAUGCCCUAAAUUUUCACACCACCACCACCACCUCUGAAUUCUUGCACAAUUGUUCUCGAACCAGAAAUCUUAGAGCAGUGCAGCAAUUCUACGCCCAUGUUCUUAGAGCAGGUUUAUUCUUGAUUUCCCCUCGCCUCCAAACCGAACUCGUUUCAACGUACGCAGCAUUUUUCAACAACAACAACAACAGCAGUCUCAAAAUUCUGACCCGUUUCUUCAAAUGCUCCAGCCUCAGAAACCCGUUGCCUUUCAAUUCAAUCAUAUCCCAUUUUUCUCAACGUGGGUCGGGUUGUUUCGCGCUCCACACCUUUUCUUUCAUGCAUUACAACGGUGUUUACGUUGAUUCUUACGCUCUGUGCAGCUCUCUGAAAUCAGCUUCUUGUUUGAAAAACGGCGGAAUGAUGCAUGCGUAUGUGGUGAAAUCUGGCUGGCUGGCCAGUGUUUUUGUGGGCAGUGCUUUGCUGGAUUUCUACGCGAAAUUGUCGUUGAUGGAAGAUGCAGCUAUGGUGUUCGAUGAAAUUCCUAACAGAAACACCGUGUGCGUGAAUGCACUUAUCUCUGGCUAUGCCGAAGCUAAACUAUGGGGGGAAGCUAUUGGGAUAGUUUGGAGAAUGCCGAUGCUGAAUUUGGGAGUCGACAAUUUCACGCUGGCUUCUGCUUUACGUGCAAGUAGUGGCCUAUGUAAUCUUGAAUUGGGCAAGCAGAUCCAUGCUCGUAUUGUAUGCGGCAUUGGUAAUGUUGGAGCUGAUGUGUUUCUGCAGAGUUUAUUGAUUGAAAUGUACGGCAAGUGUGGACUAGUGGAUUGUGCCGAAAAAGUUUUUCAUAUGGUGGGAUACCGAGUUAAGGAGAGACGAAGGGAUGUUGUUUUGUGGACUUCUAUGUUAGGAGUGUAUGGAAGAACCGGAAACUAUACUAAAGUGAUUAGGUUAUUUAAAGAUAUGGUAAUAACGGAAGGAAUAAAACCCGAUGGAGUUGCGUUUUUAACGGUUAUCUCAGCUUGUGGUCAUUCGGGUCAAGUGGAUCUUGGAAUGGAGUAUUUUGAGUCGAUGGGUCGAGACUAUGAAUUAGUUGCUACCCAAGAGCAUUAUAGUUGUGUAGUUGACUUGCUUUCACGGGCAGGAGAGUUGGAACGGGCUUGCAAAUUGGUUGGUGAAAUGCCGUUUAUCGGGAAUGAGCGGUGCGCUAUUUCCAUGUGGGGUGCAUUGCUUAACGCGUGCAACGAGUGUGGAAACGUCAAUUUGGGGAAGAUUGCUGCUCGGAAAGCUCUCGAGUUGGAUCCGAAUAAUGUUGGGAUUUACGUUCUACUGUCGAAUAUGUAUGCGAAGAAUAGUAUGUGGGAUGAGAUUGAGCAAUUGAGGGAGUUAAUGAAAAGAAAAGGAUUGACGAAGGAAAUCGGAUGGAGUUCGAUUCGAGGGGAGUUCUCUAACGGAUAGAAACAUAUAUCUCGUUAUCAUAUAUUUUAUGUUCUAUACUAUCUGAUUUGUAUUUGAGGAAUUACGUAUAAGAUUAUUUAUCUUGAGGUACUAAGAUAGAAUGAUACGAGCCCGUAUUCUUGGAAUAAGCUUUUGAGUUGUUCGAUUAAUUUACUCUAGAUAAGAAAAUUUGAUGUCCGUAAUUCUUGAUUCGUAGUGCUUGAACGGUGUCGUUCUUGAUUAUACACACGUAGUAAGAAUAGCAGCAUUAACAAUUUUAUUGGAGGUUUUCCGUUUU